AUUUCAAGCCUGUCCAGUUCAGUUGGUGAUAAAACUGAACGGAUAAAUGAGUGACGAAAGAGUCGCCUUCGAGAACGUGUCGAAGGGAUUUCGGCAGUGAGUCGUUUCGCGUACAAAACUGGACGAGAAAUCAGAAAAACAAGUUUUGUUUGUCGCACGUCGCCAGCGGGGGUAAAUAAGAGGAACAGGUGUCUGAAGAAGUAAAUUAAGUGGCGCCGACGACGCUAUGCAUUCCGAAAAUAACGCGGUUUUUUUAGAUCAUUGACUGAAUCUAAUGGUUCCUUUGAUCUAUGCGUCGCGGUGCCUCAUCUAUAUACUAUUCUUUAACAAAAUUGAACCGCUCUCAACGCAAAUCGGUGGUACGAAUUUUCGAUUGCAAGUAGUUGGCCGACGAUCGAAGAAAGAACAUCAUGUACAACUUGUGAUAUGGCUCGCCUCUAUUACGAGUGUAACGAGUUUUUAAAGAACAAUACAGAGGACAGUGAAACGCUCAAACCGUACGCGUGUACACCAGACAAGUAUUGUUUGUAUUGUUGUUGCAACUCGCAGUGUUGUUUAUUGGUUCAAAAACGGCCUCCACGACACGUUUGGGAAGCCUGGUACUUUUGGCUAGGCAUUGCUUUAGUCGCUGUUUUUGUCAUAUCUUCGGUGAGCAGCUACAUAGUCAGUAAUUGCAGACAUAAUAUUCAAGGUGUACAACUAAGACACAGCACUAACGACGAUCGACAAAACGAACGCGAUAGCCAACCGGGAAGCAACCAGAACGAGAUAUCGAUAAGUAUAAUUCCGACGUCGGAAUUUUUUCCAUCGCAUAGAAAAAUGUUCGUGAUCGCCUCUCAACCAACCGUUAGUCACCUGACUCCCGUCGUUGCGUGAGGCUGUUUCGUUUUAACGUAGUAAUCAUGUCGGCGAAAAGAAGCCGACGCAAAAAGAGCUGGAAGACCGUCGCCUAGUACAUAUUUUACGCGAUAAUACCCCUCGAAAGGGAUCGUGUCGCAUCGAGAGCUUUGACCGGUUGGUACAUUAUGACCGCGUGAUUAAGUCCGUGUGCAACUUUUACUUAAUAUAAAUGUGUCUUCUUACUUAGCCUCCAGACAUAAUAUUAUGAUUAGUGAUUCGAACGCCCUAAUUGCGGCCGACAUCAAGCAAAAAUGAGAAGCAAUUUGAUUAAAGAUUGUGGUUUGCGCACUGAUCUGACGUUAAUACCGCUUAGAUUACGUCCCAGCUUGGACGGUUCUUAACUUGUUACACAUAAUGCACUUUAUUAAAGGUUUCGUAAAUGCAAAGAUGAAAAAGCUAGUUCUUAAGUCUUAUUUUAAGAGAAUCUUUCAUUAACCUUCUCAUAAGUGCUUCACUUGGCAAUUGUAAAAUGGCUAACAACGAGAUAAAAACGUAUUCGAUGUUUAGCAAGUUGGAAUUUUCGAAGAAUUCUUAUUUUAAGAAUAAUUGAAUAAUAGCUACGAACGCUGGUUGUAUUCGCCAGUCCGAGAUUAAUAAGUUAAGAGUUUAGACAAAUUUAUGGGUGAUAUAUUCUUCUAAUAACAUCGCAAUGUCUUUGAUAUAAAUUUUUCUGAAACAUAAAUAAUCAAAUAAUCCCAUGUUCAAUUUAAUUUAUAAUAGUAGACACAAGAAAAGAACAUGAUAAAUUAUUCUCUACUGGGAAAUUUCAAUUUGAAAAAUAAAACGACGUUUUAUACGUAUGAACCUAAUAGAAUUUCAAAACCAGAAAAUUCUUCGCUUCCAUUAAACGGAAUAGGGUGGAGUCAACUCGAUCAAAACUCGUUCCCGGGGCCUCGAAUGGGUUCUCAUUAAUAAUUAAGAAGGUACGUUCGGAGCUUGGUCAAUGCGACUGAUCGCGUACCGAGGGAUCGAGGGCUAAUUAAACAGGACGAUCCAGUGAAUACGACUUAAGGCAGCGUCCACUCUUUCUCUUUUCCUUCAUUUCUCUUAAUCUACCUCUUCCUUGCUCUCCUCUUUUCUUUCAUGUCCAACUUAACUCCUCGUCUUCCUUUUCCCCCCCGAUUCGGUCUUACUUCUCUGUUUCAAGAUCGACCCGACGAUAGUAGUUAAUCGCGGUAAUCUUCGCAAAAGAGAGGAAUCAAGAGAAACUGCGGCGUUUGUCGAGCUGCGCAACCAUCUCGGAAACAUACGUGCUUUACAACGAUAAUAAAAUUGAAAUGCUCCUUCUUGAUGCACGAAUGCUAUUACGGUCUGCGAUUGUUAAAACAUUUGAUAAACGUAGAGUGCUUCGAAUUUUUUUGGACAAUUAAACAAUUUUAAUUUCUUGUGUAAUGAUUGGCUGUGAUCAUGUCAAUUCGAAACUACUAACGAAGGAAACUUGUAUUGUUCCAAUGACUGUUAAAAUAUGUAUAAGAAUAUAGAAGUGUAUUAUUUGUUAAAAGACGAUAAAUGUGUGUUUAGGCUUGUUGUCAAAUGUGAGAAUGCAAGUAAGUCACAUUUUUCUCGUAUCAAAGAUGAGAAUUAAUAUUUCUGAUUGGCACGAGAUACUUAAAAAAACGAUACUGGCUUAAUAAUUAAUAGCCCUUCAACUGACAAAUCCAAUAAGUACUUAAAUACGACUUGCGCUUGCAUUCUCGCGUACACAAAUAAUAGUUUGUAAAGUAGCGGACGUAUAUUUAGGUCGCGAUACCCGAUACACAGGGACUAAAUUAAUUAAUAUGCACCGAAAGAAAAACAGAUACAUUUGACAUUUCGCGCAAAUGCGAUUGUAAUUAGAUGCGUAGGACGCGAGUGGAAACUAACACACAGCCUGAUUACCAUAAGCAUUAAGUAGCAGUGAAAAGUUCUAUAAAUAAACGAUUUCAGUGUGUUGCAUUUAAA